UGUGCAUGCAGCACACCUGAUUGGCUCUCGGUUCUGCCCCUUCUUCUUCCAGUGCUGUAAAGCGGCCGGUCCGGUAUUUCUGCCGCCACCAUGUCAGAAUACCGGGCCGGCCGCUUAGCUCUUCUCUCCUGCAGUGCAGUCUCAGUCUUGCUGGUCAUCCCCUGUACUGUGUCCGCAGUCUCUGGUCAUCCCCUGUACUGUGUCCGCAGUCUCUGGUCAUCCCCUGUACUGUGUCCGCAGUCUCUGGUCAAUCCCCUGUACUGUGUCUGCAGU